AGAGCCCUGGCUGCGAGGCGGGCGGGUGCCAGUGCCUCCCGGCCGGGGCUGCAGGAUGGGAGGUGGUAGGGGUGCUGUAACGGCCGAGCCGCGGGAGCCCGAGCUCCGAGGGCCGGCGCUGCAGGCUCCCGAGGAGGAGCCCCUGCAGCGGAGCGGCCGCCCGGACGAGGAGCCGGCGGCAGACCCGGCCCCGCUACAGCCCGCCGCUGGCGAUGCUUGCUCCUGCCAGGUCCCAAACGAAAACCCUGAAGCUAAGAAGAAAGCUUCCUGCCCUGGACUUGGCUUGUUUUAUACAUUAUUGUCUGCCUUCCUUUUCUCAGUGGCUUCUUUAUUAGUAAAAAAAAUACAAGAUAUGCAUUCAGCAGAAAUUAGUGCAUUUCGAUGUAUAUUCCAAAUGUUAUUUGUUCUUCCUUGCUUAAUACACAAAAAAACGGGGUUUUUAGGACCAAAAGGCAAACGCAUUUACCUUUUCCUCAGGGGAGUCUUUGGCGCCACAGCAAUGAUCCUUCUCUACUACGCUUUCCAGUUGAUGCCCAUUGCUGAUGCAACGGUGAUCACCUUCACCAGUCCAGUUUUUACUUCCUUGUUUGCUUGGAUAUAUCUCAAGGAAAAAUACAGUCUGUGGGAUGUCGUCUUCACUCUCUUUGCCAUCACCGGCACGGUCCUCAUCACCAGACCAACAUUUCUGUUUGGCUCCAGCACGGAAGGGAUGGAAGAGAGCCAUUCCUACCACUACCGAGGCGUGUUAGCCGCCUUGGCGGGAGCCAUGUGUAUCGCCCUGACCCUCGUGAUUCUGAGAAAGAUGGGGAAAUCAGUGCACUACCUGCUCAACAUCUGGUAUUAUGUUGUGAUCGGACUCGUGGAAUCCCUCAUCAUCCUCUGCGUCCUGAACGAGUGGCGUUUGCCCCACUGUGGACUGGACAGGCUGUUCUUGAUACUCAUUGGACUUUUUGGCUUGGGGGGGCAGAUUUUUCUUACAAAAGCGGUUCAGAUAGAAAAAGCAGGGCCCGUGGCCCUCAUGAAAACAAUGGACGUGGUUUUUGCUUUCAUACUUCAGAUUAUUUUCCUGAAUAAAAUGCCCACAUGGUGGACAGUGGGUGGUGCCCUCUGCGUGGUAGCCAGCAGUAUUGGAGCUGUCAUUCGCAAGUGGUGUUACAGUUUGCAAAAUGGCCAUCACAGCAAAAAUAGAUUUGCCAAGUAGAAUUUGAUCCUAAUCACAGAAUCAAAGCAUAAUUUUUGAAAGCAGCAUAUGUUUUUGAUAGUUUAAAAUGACUUGGCUAGUUGGCCCUAGAAAUGUUUCCUAGGGAUGAUUAUUCUUUCUCCCUGGUAGUAUUAAUUUAUCAGAAGCAAAGAUUUUGAUUCAAGAUUUUGAUUUUUUUCAUGACAAACAAAAAAAAGGACAUGUAUGAUGCCUUUUUAAGUGCAUGUAUAAUGCCUUUUUUUAAGCAUCAUUAUUAUGAACAGUGGAUGGGAGAGGGAAUUAAGAAUAUUUUGAGCAACAUGAGGGUCAGAUUAGCAUUAUGUUAACUAAAUGAAUAAAUAUUUACUUUUAUAUAUAUUUGGCACACUAGGCAGAAUUCUUGAUUUUUUUCAGACCAAAGCCAAGAUCUAUAAAGUGCCUUUCCAUGCUAAUAGUAGAAUUUAAAGACAUCACAUUUUUUUUAAAGGGCAAAAAAUUCUUGUCAAAUUUGACCAAAUGUUUAAGUAGCCAUAAUAAUUAUAGCUACAGUCUAUAAUUUAAAUUUUCUUUCAUUAUUAUGUAAAACUGAAUCCAACUUUUAUUGUUUAUGGUCUCAUUUCAGUUUUUCAAGUCAUUAUGGAACAAGAUGUGGUGGUAUAUUUUAGCCACAUUUACAGUCUAAAGUGGUUGCUUUCACAGAAGAAGUAGUUUUCUAUAAAUCUGUUUUAGAUUCAUCAAGCAAUAUCAAAUGGAACUCUCUCAGGAUUUUAGGUAACUUUUAGAAUUACUUUUUUAUAGUAACCUCUAAACCAAAAACAUGGCUUAGGGAACUUUGGUAUACUUUUCAAAGCCAACUUUUCUAAGCAACAUUAAUCAUCUUCAUUUGUUAGAAAAGUAGACUUUUUUCCCCUAUGGAAUUGGAAUAUGGUUUCUUAUUCUUUUAAUGUCGAGAUCUUUUGUCAUUAUCUUCAUGGCUCCUUGAGUGGAAAAAAUAAAUAUUUCACUGCACAUAAAAAUGGACAAAUAAUUGCUGAUAUAUUAUUUUAUGUUAUGCGUGUAAGUCCAUUCAAGUUAAAUGGUACAUGGGUUGAAAUAAAACAUUUCAUAUGUAGCAUUCUGUCAAGCCAGAAUUUACCAUGCAUUCAAAUGGAAGAAGCUGUAAUAUUCAGAAAACCAUUUGGUAGCUUACUAGCUAAGUAAUUUAAUAUAAGAUAAAUUGAUUUGAGGGUGAAAGACCUGGUUUUCAAUUCUAGUUUUUGCUAUCCAUAAUUGAUGAGCCCUGACCAGGUCAUUUCACUCUGGACUUUCCAUUUCCUUACCUUAGGAUGAAGAGCUUCUGGCUGUAAAUGCCAUGAAAGUAGGUAAUAAUACAAGUAACCUCCGUGUGGGUUCUAAGCAUCUCUCCAAUGCAUAGAUGAUAACAUUCAAUUCUCUCACUACCUCAAAUUAACUUUUCUGUUUUCAUAAUCCUUAAGCUACUAAGUUGGAAUAAUAUAGCUUCUGUUUCCAUUUUUUGGUCAUUCUGAAGUACAGGGAUUUGGGGUAUUAUAUCCUGGUGCCUUCAUGAGGAUUUGUUUAUCUUUUGAGAAAUAAUCAUGAGAACACUUUUUUUUUCCUUUUCAGUCCUUCCCGACUGAAGAAUUAUGAAUAAUGGUUAAACAGAGAUUAAUUUUUGCCUAUAUAACUCACCUGACCCAUAGUAUAAUAACUAAAAUGUUUGCAGAAAUGUCAGUUCCUAACUGCUUCUGAAAUUGUAGAAUGUUGCAAUAGAAGGAAUUUCAGAAAUGAUCAAAUCCAGUGAUUCUCAAAGUGUAAUCUGGGGUUCCUGGUAGGGAUCCUGAGAUCCUUUUUCCAGGAGUCAGCAAGGUCAAAACUAAUCACAUUAUCUACUAAGAUGUUUUAAUUUCUAAAAUGAGACUAUCAGGAGGGAUAAGAGGUCCUCAGUAAUUUAGUAGAAAAGUCGUAAGACCAAAAAGUUUGAGAAUUUACUGAUAAACAUGUUAUUCCCCAUCUAACCUCUUGUUCCUCAUCGCCUCAUAUAUCUGAAAGAGGAUUUGACUUGCCCCCAGGUCUUUGACUCAUCCUAUUUUACUUCUUCUAAUACUGUGAUGAAGUAAGGUAAGUAAACUCCUCUAUCUAUCAAAGGUGAAUUAACUCUCCUAGGGAAUGCACUGAUAAAUAUCUUAUUCUAUACAGGGUUCCCUAAAGCUAAGUCUCUUUGAAUUCACACAUGGAAAUUUGAUUUCAUCAGUGCCAUUUAAUCCCUAGGAGACCAUGAUGAAAGAUCACUGCCUCUCCAGACUUGCUUCAGCCCUCCAUCCUUCGAACUCUGAAAAACUUAUUUUAGUUUGUGAUAUUUUAUUAAAAGGGCUAUGUAUUGUAACACUAUUUUUGACAUAUGUGUUUUAUAGAGAUUGUUACUAUUUCUUGAAAAAUAAAAUAUUUUCAGAAGA